UGACGUUAAAUUGACUGCCAGCUGGGUGCCUCGCUUACUCUUUACACAGCCAGUUUGUGAUUUUCUCUUCCAGUGUGACUUACAACCAGCAGCAGAGGAAGAAGACCUUCCAGUAUGUCUAUAGGACUGGAGUUGAUUGGUAUUUCCCUGUGCAUACUGGGAUGGAUCAUUGCAAUUGUAGCCUGUGCCCUUCCCAUGUGGAGAGUGACGGCCUUCAUCGGCAGCAACAUUGUGACGGCUCAGAUCAUCUGGGAGGGUCUGUGGAUGAGCUGCGUGGUCCAGAGCACAGGACAGAUGCAAUGUAAGGUCCACGAUUCUAUGCUGUCUCUCUCUCAGGACCUCCAAGCAGCGCGCGCCCUCACCGUCAUCUCCAUCCUGUUGGCCAUCCUGGCUGUGCUUGUGGCCAUUGCCGGGGCAAAGUGCACCAACUGCAUCGAGGAUGAGGCCUCCAAAUCCAAAGUGAUGAUCAUCUCUGGAGUCUUCUUCAUCGUUUCUGGUGUGAUGCAGCUGAUUCCCGUCUCCUGGUUGGCCCACAGCAUAACCAGGGACUUCUACAACCCGCUGAUCAUUGAUUCUCAACGGAGAGAGCUGGGGGCAGCGCUGUAUGUCGGCUGGGGGGCAGCCACGCUCCUGGUUCUCGGCGGAGGACUUUUGUGCUGCUCCUGUCCGCCAAAGGAGACCAGAUACAACAGCUCGCGAAUGGCUUACUCUGCCCGGUCUGCAGGUGGCCAGGUUUUAGAGAGAAAGGACUAUGUAUAAAUGAAGUUCAAACAAGAAGAGACAUGACUGAAUCUCUACAACACUUUUUUAAUCCAACAGGAACAAUGUUGGGGAAGGAAGAUGAGAAAAAACAAGCAUUUGACUUUUUUCCCCAGUAAAUCAAACAAUUCAGAAACAGUUCUUUAGCUGCAGAAGAAAA